UGAAGAACAGCUGAUACAAAAUCCCGAAAGAAUCAAAAUCCCAUUCUUGCUUAACCCAACGUUUGCAAUAUUUAACAAUCCAAGAUCCCUGAAAUGGCUUAGAAUGUUUGAAUUCUGAAUAAGGAUAAAAUUUGUGCGUUUCAUCAAUAAUUAAAUAUCCCCAGUCGCCUACAGGGACGCAGCGAGCUUUGGAAUCACCGCCGCUGUCAUUGCCGGUACGAGUCGACAUAACCAAAGCAGUCAAAGACCUGGUGCUACUCGGCUAUAAAUUGUGUGGUAUUUUGUGGUACUUGUCAGUCAGAGCACAGAAACUAUCACUUCUAACUUGGCUAUAGCGACAUGAAUUUUUCCCUGAGCCCAAGCAUUAAGCCUUCUGCUAAUCCAUUGCUUUCUCAAAAACAAUGUACAAAACCACCGCAAAUCAGUCCCAAAUUCAACUCAGUUUCAUGCAGAGCUACUGCAAAGCUAUCAGCAGGCGAAAAGGAGGCCCCAAAUUUUUACAGAGUUCUCUCUUUGAGUUCAACUAAUGCAAGUUCUGAUGAAGUAAAGAGAGCCUACAGAAGCAUGGCUCUUCAAUAUCACCCUGACGUAUGUCGAGAUCCUUCGAGAAAGGCGGAAGCAACGAGGAUGUUUGUGCAGUUACACACGGCUUACACAACGUUGUCGGAUCCUGUGUUACGAGAGAAGUAUGAUUAUGAAUUAGGGUUAAGAAAUUUGGGGAAGAUGAAGAAGAAUAUAAAUCUUCAAAUUUCCAUGAGAGCAGGAUGGCAAGAGCAAAUAUUAGAGUUGAAAAAAAGAUCUAGUCUUAGUAUGAAACAAAGAGAUGGCUCAUCAUGGGGCAGCAGAAUGAGGGCUCAAAAUAUGCAAAAUUAAUUAUUAGGACUACUUCUACUUGUGAUAAUAUUUAUUUUAUUUAUUAUGUGAUACUUCGAUUGGCAUGUGGCAUAUAACUUUAAAUUAUAUUACAGAAAAUGUUGACCCUUGGAUCUAUCUAUCGAGGAUUCAAUGGCUGUGCUGCCCGCUCUUUCUAAGCGGGAAAAAAAUAAAGUCAUAAACAUUUUACCACCGUCCAA